AUGCAUCUUAAAGCUAUUCUAGCCCUGUUUGCUGUCCUCUGCCUGACUCUGGUCGCUGGCCAAGAUCGGGAUUGCGAUGAACUGGCCAGGAGGUGUGAGACCUGUGUGAGGCAACUAAAUAAUGAGAACGAUCGCAAGAUGCCCACCUUGAACAGGGAGUGCAGGAACAGGACACGCAGGACUUGGCGCUGGAGGGAUGUGGGACGUUGCGAACUCACCAAGUUGAAUUGUUUGGGAUGGAAUCGCCGCAUGAAUUGUGCCGACAUUGCUGAGCUUGCUGGCAUGCAGCGCAUUAGGCCUUAA